AAAAGAAAUUAUAUAAAACAAGAAAAAAUAUUUAAUAUAGCAGAAGUUAGACCAGAAAUCAAAAAAGAAAUUUUGGUUAAAGAAGAACUAGGCACUUUAGAUUACAGAAUUCUUGAAUUUCUCGAAAAAGACAAAGAAAGUGCAAACAAGCAUCUAAUUA